AUGAAGAAACGCAGCACAUUCAGCGUGCUGAUCUCGGCCGCGCUAUUUUCCAUAGCGACAGCCCAAUGUCCCUGGCAACGCGAAGUCCCAGAUCUGCAGUCGGCGUGCUUGUGUUCUUACAACUUGGGACACGAGUUGUCAGUACAGUGCGACAUUGUGGACUGGCCGAAAUUAAUAGGGGCACUUAAUAAGUACGCCACCAGCACACCUUUGGACUUAUUGUAUGUGAAUAACUCCACCAUUAACGUGUUGAAGGACAAUGUCAUCGCGAAUUUGCAAGUGCAGAACAUUCAGUUGUCCGGGUGCAGAAUCAAAUCCGUGCAAGGCGGGGCUUUCAACGGCCAGGAGAUGCACCUGAAGAACCUGAAUUUGCAGGACAACGAUUUAAGUGCAGUGCCGGUAGAAAGUUUGAAGAAGUUGAGGACUUUAUCCUUACUUGAUUUAUCGCAUAAUUUGAUCUCCACUGUACCUCCAGGUGCGUUUGAGACUCUAGGAAAGUUAUCCACAUUAAAACUAUCUGAUAAUAACGUAACUCUGGAAGAUGGUGCGUUAAGAGGUCUGGAGGGCUCCUUAAAAAAUUUAAACCUAAAAGGCACAAGGCAAAAAGAAAUACCGGAGGCCGUUAGAAACAUGAAAACCUUGGCUUUCUUGGAUUUAUCACAAAAUAGCCUCAGAGAACUACCGGGUUCAACGGAAUCCUUCACAGGUUUGGAAUCUUUGACAGCUUUAAACCUGGAAAGAAACCUCAUACAAACCCUAGGCGAGAACGCCUUUCAAGGAGUGCAAAAAACCUUAAGUUCCCUGAGCUUACUCAACAAUCUUUUACCUGAUUUCCCCACGAAGGCUAUGAGUCAAUUAAAGGAACUCAGAGUUCUGGAUAUAGGUUUUAAUUUGCUCACCGAGCUACCGAACAAUGCCUUUAAAGGUAACCCAUCUAUAACUCUCUUAGCUCUGGAUGGUAAUCCGUUAGCAACCAUACCUUUCGAGUCCUUAUCUCACUUGAAUAACACUCUAAGAGGUUUGAGUUUAGGCGGCAGAUUCUUACACUGCGAUUGUAGAUUGGCCUGGGUUAUCGAGUGGAUUCGUAACGGAGAUUUGCAAGUGACGAGUCGUGAAAGAAAUCCCCAGUUCUGCGGUAGCCCACCUAGGUUUAGAGAUAGAGGGUUUUAUAGUAUAAUGCCUGAGGAACUGUCUUGCAAAAAGGAAAACACUGUUAAAACAACAACAACAACAACAACAACGUCCCCACCACCAAUUAUUGUAAAAGAAGUAAAAGAGUCAAACGACGCGAUUGGUGUUGCCACAGUUGUCAGUGCUGAUUUAGAUGACGUUCAGGUUGCACCACAACCUAGUUCUACCACUACCACGAAACAACCUACUACAAGGGUUACAUCGACAACAUCUACCACUUCUACGACAACCACUAAACUCACCACAACAGCAAAAUCCACAACCAUGAAACCCAAAGUAAGAACUACACCGCCUGUGUGGAAAACUUCGAUCAGACCCUCAUUGGUGAUGAGUUUCCCAUCGAAAAAAACCGAGGAGAGCAAGGAAGUAAUAGUUAAAAAUGCAUUUAGGCAGGAUAGUUCGGUUAUUAUACAGUGGGGAAGCGAGACGGCAAAUAUCUUAGGAUUUAGAGUUGUUUACAGACUAUUCGGAGAUAAAAGUUUCAAGCAAGGUCCACCACUAGAAGCUAGCGAACGAGAGUUCAAAAUUAAAAACGUCCCAUCGCAGGAAUGCAUUAUUGUAUGUGUGGUAUCAUUGGAGGAAAUAAACGUGACCCCCGAAUCAGUUCCCUUCUCACAAUGCAGGGAAGUGCGAACAGUAUCAUCAGCUUCAUCGAACAUGGAUAAAAUCACGAUAGCUGCUAGUGCAGCUAUUUGCGGCACCAUCGUGGUGGCUGUUAUAGUUUUCGUGGCGGCAUCUAGGAGGCGGUCGAGAAAGUUACACGAACUACAUCAACAAAAAAUGGGGAUGAAACAUGGAAUGCCCAUUGCAGGUUUGCCGGUGAAUUGCUGCACAGGGAUGGGACCGGGAGAACCUUUGUCAUCGUUGGCCACUUUAAGUGCCUUUAACAAUAGCAAAGAUUGGGAUCAAGUCUCAGGAUAUAGUACGCAUAGCGCCCAACGGCCUAGAAUGAUAUAUGGUGAACAACCCCCAUCUUUAAUUCAGGACGAUAUGAGAUCGCAUUUUAGCCAGAAAGGUAAUAAACCAAGAUCCAUAGCCGAUGGCCAAUCGCAGCACAGCUUCUCGAAUCAUUCCGGAAGAUAUUUGACCAAUAACGUCUUUCCCAACAACCUACUGGCGUCCAGACAAGACUUGAGACAGUCCAGGCAGUCUCUGGCAAUGCAAUCUGACAGAAUGUCUUCAAGAAUGCAGGCACAUCACGCUCCUGCCCACUCCAUAGCCUCAUCUACGCGUAGAUCUAGGCCUAGAUCCAGGUCCAGGGACCACCACAGGCCCAGCAGCAGAUACAGCCAAACAGGUUCAACUCACACGUUAAACAACUAUUGCGACAACUCGGAUAACUGGACUGAUCACGACAUGGAUAUUUAUAUGGCGAGAAAUCCCACCACAAGAAACGGACUUGUACCCUUGUGA